AUGGUGAUGUAUAGGAAGAACACGCAAAAGAAAAUACAACCGAUCUGGAUCAAGGCUCCACCCCCGCCCGUGGCGCUGCAAACGGAUCCAGCCGCUGGAGUGAAUUUGCUCAGCAAAGUAGAGGACAGCCGACCCACGAACCAUGGCAGACUGGACAAGAAGGAAGCAAUGGUGGCCCCGAACAAGGACGUCAUCAAGACGGAAGAACUCUUGGGCCACGGCCGUUUCCAGUUCCACAUCUUGGUAUGUGCUCAGCUGUCCGCGGGUGUGCUCCUCUUCCACCACCUGUCCAUCUACCUGUUGGCGCCCGAAGUGGACCACUGGUGCCGACCUCCGGGCGACCAGGCCAGCCUGACUCCGGACCAGUGGAAGAACAUGAGCAUCCCUUUCUAUGAAGACGGCACCUACAGCAAGUGCACCAUGUACGAUCCCUUAGAGUUGAAGAGGGAUAACAGUACGGAGGUCCCGUGCACGCAGUGGGACUUCGAUUUGAGGCCCGGCAUUGACACCAUCGUGAGCGAGUGGAAAUUGGUGUGCGGGAAGAAAUGGGUAAUCCGCGUCGUGUUCGUUUACUCGCUGCUGGGCGGGCUUAUUUUCGUGCCGCUCCAGGGUCAGCUCGCGGACAAAGUUGGCAGGUGGCCCAUCAUAUGCGUCAGUAUCACGCUGUGCUUCCUUGCCGCCGCUAUGGCAAUAUUUUCUGUGCAAGUGGCCACGUUUGCCAUGGCUCGGAUGUUCCUCACAGCAUCUUUCAGCACACUUAAGAUGGUCCUUGUCAUUUUAUUGUUUGAAAGUCUCGGAGAUGACCGUCGAGUGGCUUACUGCUGCUUCGUUGAGAUGGGCUCCGUUGUGGGAAGUCUAGCCGCUAAAGUUCUCGAGAACUUCCAAUUAGACUGGAAGAUAGUGUGUAUGAUAACGGUAGCCCCUACAGUUGUACUUAUGGCUGUCUUUUACACGGCGGAGGAGUCUAUUCGUUGGUUGUUGAGCGUUUUAGACAUAGAAAGAGUGGAGAAAGUCACCAUUAGGGUUUCCAGAAUCAACAAUGCUGAUAUCGACAUCGAUGCCAUUAUCGGGCGCUUGAUCAAAUCUGACGCAUUGUAUUCUGGGAGAUCCUCGAUUGCCCUCUGCGAGCUUCUGACAAUACCAAUCCUUCGAUUUCGCACGCUCGUGCUUUCGUGGAUAUGGUUCAGCUUGCUCCUCUCUUUCUACAGCUUGGACAUGCUAGGCGAGAGAAGCACGGGAAUCCGACUUAAUCUGCUUGAAUCCCUUCCUCACCUUGUCAGUGUAUUUACUUCCAUCAUUCUUCUGAGCGACUAUUCGCGCAAAGCUGCACUUUCGCUGGCGCUUCCCAUCAGCUGCGGCCUGAUCUGUGUGCUGGCAGUGUCAGUUACCAUCGCGCAACAUGACCUAGCCUGGGUCCUAAUAAGGGUCACCUUCUCUUCGAUCUCCACUGACUUCAUGCUUGUACAUUUCUACAGUCUGGAGCUCUAUCCGACCAGAAUUCGGGGCACCGGAAUUGGUGCUCUUUACUUCUGCGGAAAGAUUGGUGCUUCGUUGUCGCCGCUUUUGGUGGAACUGUCAGAUCGAACGCACCCGACCGCGCCCAUCUUAGUAGUACUCGCCAUCACGACACUGUCGUUGCUCCUGGUUAGGUUCUUGCCGGAAACAAGGCACCACAUGUUGCCUGACAUACUCGAAGACUUAACACAAAAGAAAGUUAUGAAUCCUGAAAAUUCCGAAUGUGCCAAAUAG